CGCUGCAAAUCACAUCCAUGAUCCUAGUCGUGAAUAGGCCGGUUAGGGAAACCCAGUCACAACCGCUGGCUAUUAAUCACUGCUGAUCAUUGUCGUGUCUAUCGAACAUUCUCAUUUUAUAUUCGAUUUACUUAUUUUUUUUUUUUUUUUUUUUUGAAUUAUACUAUUUUCUUUCUUUUCCUUUUUUUCCCCGGUGAGAUCCCCACUGCACGUCGAGGGCGCUCGAACUACUCCCCUUUCCGGGCGAACGUCACUCUGGAUCAGAGGAAAUACAUAUCCUUUUUUUUUCUUCUUCUCGACAACUGGAGUCCACCGGGUGCCUCUCAACCAUUCUACCGGGACCCAUUCACCCAAGCUUGGACUUUCUCGAGUUUGACUACAUUUUUGACGGCGGACGACGCGGGUGAUCACCACUAGUUUCCUCGGACUUCCUUUAGGCUUAUGCUGGCUGAUCCCAUCGGAUUCUGGGUCCUUUUUUCUUCAGCCCACCUGCAGCCCGUGGGAAUAGUCGUGGAAAAUUGCGCCUCUGAAAUUUACUGGUUCGCUCGUUUCCUGUCUAUCAAAAAAGUCUGCCUCGUUCCGUGGGUGAUCCUAUAUAGAUCGAUCGGUGACCCUGCUCCCGACUCGACUGGUUGCAUCUUGGCUCUGUGAGACAAACAGCCUCCACCCGCUUGAUAUAUCUUCUGAUAUAUCCCUCCUGGUGACACAAUCUGUGAACAUUUGAAGCCCAUCAAGGUAUUCCAUUAGAUUCAUUGUUGAGUGUACCCAGGACCAUCACUGUCGUGCAUUUUCCCCCAGUCGGUUUGUCUGUUUCUAUACUUCGGGGCCUCUCUCCCUGGACUUUCUUCUUCAGAAAAAUCCCAAAUCGACCCAAAACAAAGAAUCGAGACUCUUCGGGUUUAUCCCAGCAGACAGGCGCGGGACAAAAAAGCAAAACAAAAAGAAACCGACGACCCCAACAUAAGCCCUACCGAGUACGUGGCUCGGGGCUGUCAGGCUGCCAGUCAGGGUUUCACCUUCAGGGCAUCCCAACGAACCCUUCUCUAGCUACAACCACCCCCCUGACCUGAUCUCUUCUCUUUGUCACUCUACUUGUCCUCAUCAUCAUGGAGACUGCCGAACCGGUUGCCUACGAGUUCCCCGGCCACGGCGUGGGCUCGUUCCCGCACCGUCGCGCCAUGGAUUCGCCUCUAUAUCCUUACUAUUCUCACCCGACUUCGACUCCGUACACGCUGCCUUACCAACCAACUCCAACGACGGCUGCGUACAGCUUUAGCUCGGGGGUAUUGAGUCAACCCUCGCAUCCAUAUCAGUAUUUCGUGGCCAGUCAACCAUCACUGGGUUCGCCGGUGCGCCUGUCAUCGGACAAUCACCAGACUGCGCACCAUCACCAUCAGGCCCAUCAUCACCAGCAGCAACAUCAGUCCCAACAGCAUCAUUCACAGCACCAGCAGCACCAACCUCAACCACCACCACCACUGCAAUCACUUCCCGAAAUUCGUCCCGCCAAGAAUGCUAUCAACCCAGUGACCACCCGGACCAAUGACUACGGCCCGGCAAGCAAUCAAGUCCCAGCAACAGGAACCGACCCAUCGAAGAAGUCUGGCGCAGAAGCCAACUUCUCCACUGAAGUCGACGUCCUCAUGAAAGCCAUCCAGGCCAAGCCUGGAUCCCCAACUUCCCCGGUCCCCAUGCAGCAGUCCCUGCCUCCACUACAGCAACUAGCACCACCGGGAUAUCCAAGUUACGCGGGGUAUUCGAUGUCGCCGCCACGCAGCCUGCUCACUAAUGAGGGACAGUUGUCUCGGUCUGGCAAGAAGCGCAAGUAUACUUGCAUGUUGCCGAACUGUGGGAAGAGCUUUGCGCAGAAGACGCACUUGGACAUUCAUAAUCGGGCGCACUCGGGGGAGAAGCCUUUUAUCUGCAAGGAGCCUUCAUGCGGGCAGCGGUUCUCCCAGUUAGGAAACCUCAAGACCCAUCAAAGACGACACACGGGCGAAAAGCCAUUCAAAUGCGACAUCUGCCAUAAGCGCUUCGCGCAACGGGGCAACGUUCGCGCCCAUCAAAUCACCCACCUCCAAGCAAAACCAUUUACCUGUCUACUCGAUUCCUGCGGAAAGAAGUUCACGCAACUGGGUAACCUCAAGUCCCACCAAAACAAAUUCCACUCCACGACCCUCCGCAAUUUGACUCUCCGCUUCGCCCAAAUGGGAGACGCAGGCCCCAUGAACCCCGCAGACCGCGAGCUAUGGGAGUAUUUCGCCGAGUUAUACAAGAACAGCAACAAGGGUAUCAAGGGCCGGGGUAAAGAUCGGCGGAUCUCGACGACGAAUGUCCACGGUCACAACCACGGUCACGGCCAUGAUCACAACCUAGGUCAUCACCGUGGAGGUGCAGGAAGAAUGUCCUCUGUGGAAUCUGAGGAGGAUAGACGUGGGUAUGAAGAUGGAAUGGGGAUGUAUGCAAGUGCGAGCGCGAGUCCGAACGGGUGUUCGAGUAGUGAGGGGGAAGAAGGAGGGUAUUACAUUGAAAGGAGGGGGUUAUGAUGACCUUGUGGGAUGGGUUUGGAUUGAAGUUAUAACGAUGGGCUAUGGAUGGAGUAUUUUUCAUUUCGAGAUUUGGGAUCUAAUAUCUUGGGGGUUUGUUUUCGGGUUCCUUCUUAUCACAGUCACAUCGUGUAUAUGAUGUUAUGAGGGGCCUUUGUUUAUUUAGAUCUCUGCAUUUUGCAUUAUUUUUGUUUUCAUUCUGGGGUUUACUUUGCUCUUGACUGCUUUGUGAUUUUGUGAUAUCCAUUUCCUUUUAUGUUGGGGAUUUAUAUACUAUAUCUUCUUUUGUCUUCUCUUCUCUGUUUCAUUUUGUAUUCUACUUAACCGGCCUGGGAAACUAAAAGUGGCUCUCUUUGUAUAUAAGAUGCUCAUACGAACCAAAACUGGGGAAAGUUCUUGCUCAUUUAAAGAGAGAUGGGGCAGGUUUGACUGGACCAGAGUUCGCAUUUAAUUAGACAUGUC